AGCCAGACAAUGGAAGUCAUAGUCUCUUAGUAGGCAACAGCUUUCUGGCCUUCGAUAGUGCUUCCCGUUUUCGUACGAAGCGAAGAGAGGCAGUGGCUUAGAAGUCUGCCCAGCGUCCCGCCAAUUUUCGCAGCGUGGUUGUCAGGCGGGUGUUCUGGCAUGAACAGCAGCGGUAGAAUUCUUUUGAGUCGCCUCAAAAGUCAUCUCCCACCUGUGCUUGGGGUCUUCCCGCCUUUCUCCGGCGGUGUUCUGGCAUGAGCAGCACCGCUAGAAUCCGCCGGAAGCUGAUCGAAUACUCCGCGCAGGGGUCUCUAAAGAAGAUUAAAGCUCUCCUGAAAGGCGCAGCGAGGGAAUCAUCGGCGUCGGACUCAUCUGAACCGUCGGAUUCAUCUGGACGGUCGGAUUCGAAUACGUCCAGCUCAGCAUCUGUGUCGUCUGAGUCAGCAGAACGGAAAAGGGGACGGAGACGCCGUAAAGGGGGUAAGGAGGAAGCAUCCGGGAAGAGAGGAAGAUCGAGGAAGCGGAGCGACAGCAACGAUAGCGAUCCUAACGGAAGUGAUAGUAGCAGCUCUAGGAGCAGGAGAAGAGGCAGCAGAAGAAGCAGCAGCAGCGACAGCAGCGACGGCAGCAGGAGAGGGAAGAGAAGGAGGAAGGAUGAAGGGAAGAGGAGAAGCGAGAAGAGGACGAAGAGGAGGAAACACCGGGAUAGGGCAUCAGAUUCUGAUUCAGAAUCGGAUUUCGAUUUGAAUGUCCAAUCAGAAUCAAAGCUGAGUGCAGAUUCUGAUUCAGGCUCCUCCGAGCGAGGUGCAGCAGGGAGGGGGAAGAGGCGGAGGCAGGAGGAGGAGGCACCGGGCGACGGCCGGCAGGAGAAGAAACGGAGUAAGCACGGCCGCUCCCCUUCGCCUCGUUUUUCUGAGUAUGAGCAGAAGGGAAAGCGGAGAGAUAAGAGGGAGGAGAAGGAGAGGGAGAAACGGGAGGGCAAAAGCAGCAGGCGCAAUGGCAGGUACAAGAAGAGGAGAAAGGCGAAGAGCGGGCAUAGAGAGCGGAGGGAGAAACGGCCGUCUUCCAGGAACCUUCUUCUGGACCAGCUGAACAGUACGGAUGCUCAGGGCUGGACGCCUCUCCACCAUGCAGCCCACUCAGGCGCUGCUGAUCUCGUCAAAUACCUCCUUAAAAUCGGCAACAGUAAUCAUAACCACCUUGACAAGCACCACCGGAAACACUUGGGGAAGUCAAGCAAAGAUCAGAAGGUGUCUGUUUCGGUUUCGGUACAGGAUAGCAGAGGGAAUACGCCCGUCCACGUGGCAGCUAGGAUGGGCCAUGCCUCGGUGAUCCAGCUGUUGCGGGACGCCGGAGCUGACAUGCAGGCUCGGAAUCUGGCUGGGGAGACUCCCGAGGCUCUGGUGCAGCGCCGGCUGAUGGAUCUGCGGCGCCGAACCGCCGAGGCAGCUUCGGAAAGAGCUGGGAGCGUGUGGGGAGAAGGGAGUGAUAAUGAGGGGUACUUUGGAGGUGGUGGUGGGGCGGGUGGCUAUGGUAAUGGUUCAAACAAUGCUGCACUGUGGGGAGAUCCCGAGGAAAAUGCAGAGGCAGCAGCUGCUGAGGCUCGGUAUCACAGGUUCGGGUCCCAAUCCAGCAGGUUCGGAGCCGGGCCAUGGGGAGCUGAUGACGCUUGGAGGGAUGACGUGGCACAUGAGAUGAAGAGUAGGAUGAGGAGGGACGAGGAGAGCCAUCGAGCGGCAGUUUUUGGAGCGAAGCGGGAGGAAGAACAGGACAAGAGGAGACGGUGGGAGGAGGAGAGGAAGGUGCGGGAGGAAGAAGCGAGGAAGGUUCUGGAGGCAGAACAGGCCAAGGAUAAGGCGUGGCGAGCAGCAAUUAAAGAGCAAGUUCAGAAAAAGAAGACAGUGCAGAAGCAGGAGCAGUACGAUGAGAGAUGGAGGAGGUUUGCCAAGUCAUGCGACAUGGGGAUAACCAUGGCUGAUGUGCCGUUCCCAGUGGCGGCUGGGCAGGAGGACGAUCUGAAGCACGUGGUUCUGCAUGGCGUGCCCAGGGAGCAGCACCGGAAGCGGAUGAGGGAGGAGGUUGUUAGAUGGCACCCUGACAAGUUUAUGCAGAAGUGGGGGUUACGGUUGCACGAGAAGCACCGCAGCAGCAUUGAGAGGCGAGUCAAGGAGCUCUCCCAAGCGGUCAACAACAUCUAUGCGUCACUUGACAAGUGACAAGCCAGAGAUAGCCUGUCGAGAAAGCUUCCAGUUUUUGUUACAAUAAAUUGCCUACAACAACAGAUGAGCAUUUUUUUCAACAUAUGAGCGGCACUUUUUGU